GCUGAAGUGACUGACGGCAUGGCAUUAAUAAUGUCACUCAGCGAGGAGGGAGCGUGGUAUAACAAAGGCUAAUUUCAGAUCUCAACUGCAGACUGGGUCUGGUGGAAUGCGCCAGGCUGUACACAGCGAAACGUCUCAUAUUUUAUUGUAGAGGCUUGCAUCUUUCAGCCGGAGGUUUUGCGGUGAAUCAGACUUUGCAUUCAGACCCGGAUUCAAGUCAUGUAGAGGCAGACAUGAACUAAAUCUCACAUUGAAACCACAUCAUAGCAGCCAGCAGGUGAAGACUAAAACUGAAGUUUCAACAUUUCAGAGGAAGCUGUAAUGUUCUGACUACCAACAAUGGGCAAGCGCUAUCCAGGUUCGUCGUAUCGACCAAGCAGUUCAUAUUGCUAACUUUAACCUUUUUCCUGAUCCAUUGCUGACGUCCCCCGUGACCCAUGUCUGAAGUCCUCCAAGUCGACUCAAGUGUGGAAACACUUCCAAUGUUUAUGGCAAGCCACAGCGCAACAGACAUAGUGAACAGGAAUGGUCCAGUUAGUCCUCCAAACUCUUUGAACUUGCGGUCCUCUCACAAUGAACUACUAAAUUCAGAUGUAAAACACACUGAAACAAAAAGUGAUACACCUCCAAAAUGCCGAAAAAAAUACGCACUGACCAAUAUUCAGGCAGCUAUGGGCUUGUCUGACGCAGCAGCACAACCCCUUUUGUCAAAUGGCUCCUCAAAUAUCAAACUGGUGAAGAAUGGAGAGAACCAGUUGCGUAAAGCUGCCGAACAAGGACAAGAUCUAAACAAGAAUGUUAGUUUAGAAGAUGGUGUGAACAGGCUUUCAGAAAAACUAGAAGGCAAAGAUGAAGAUGAUCCUGAAAGCUCUGAAGUUCUUCCUCUACUUCCAAGAAGAACCAAGAGUUUCCUUAAUUAUUAUUCUGAUCUUGAAACUUCUAGAGACCUUGAGCAGAGUCUAACUAAUGGCCAUUUAGUGAAGGAAGAGGAAAACUCCAUAUGGAUCACUGGCCAAGGUCCUGGCGUUAUUACCAAUGGAGAAGUGCUGCUGUCAAAACAGAACAAGACUCCAAGUCCUGAGGAUAGUCUUGUGCUGACAGUAUCAUCUAGUCCCGAAACUAAGAAAGACCAUCCAAAGACUGGUGCAAAGACAGACUGCGCCUUGCAUCGCAUACAAAACCUAGCUCCCAGUGAUGAAGAUGCAAGUUGGACAACCUUGUCCCAAGAUAGUGCUUCACCAACAAGUCCUGAAGAGACAGCUGAUAUAUGGAGUGACCACUCAUUUCAGACAGAUCCAGAUCUACCAGCAGGUUGGAAGAAAAUUAAUGACAUUGCAGGAAUCUACUACUGGCACAUUCCAACUGGAGCAACCCAGUGGGAACGCCCUGUCUCUGCUCCAACAGAUCUCCCAGGAUCACGAAAGGGAUCUCUUAGCUCUGUUACAUCAUCACCUACUCCUGAGAAUGAGAAACAGCCAUGGAGUGAUUUUGCUGUUCUGAAUGGGGGAAAGAUAAAUGUUGACAUUUGGAAGGAUUUGCAUGCAGCCACAGUCAACCCCGAUCCAAGUCUGAAGGAGUUUGAAGGAGCCACCUUACGUUACGCCUCAUUAAAAUUAAGAAAUGGGCCGCAGUCUGAAGAUGACUCAUCCAGCAUCAACAGUGACCCCGAAGCCAAGUGCUUUGCUGUGCGCUCUCUGGGCUGGGUAGAAAUGGCAGAAGAAGACCUGGCUCCAGGGAAAAGUAGCGUUGCCGUGAAUAACUGUAUUAGACAACUGUCCUACAGCAAGAACGACAUCAGAGACACAGUUGGCAUUUGGGGAGAGGGUAAAGAUAUGUAUCUUAUUUUAGAGAAUGACAUGCUAAAUCUGGUAGAUCUUAUGGACCGCACCCUCCUCCAUUCACAGCCCAUUGUAAGCAUCCGAGUGUGGGGAGUAGGCCGGGACAACGGACGGGACUUUGCAUACGUUGCCAGAGACAAGGAUACAAGAAUCUUAAAAUGCCACGUGUUCCGAUGUGACACACCAGCAAAAGCCAUUGCAACCAGCCUUCACGAAAUCUGUUCUAAGAUUAUGGCAGAGAGAAAAAAUGCCAAAGCUACGGCUUGCAGCUCAACACAGGAGAGACCACAUGCCAGCCUGGAUGUCCCACUGCAAGUAGAAUUUCCAACACCAAAGACAGAACUUGUGCAGAAGUUUCAUGUGCAGUAUCUGGGGAUGCAACCCGUUUCUAAACCCACAGGUAUGGACGUUGUCAAUGACGCCAUUGAUAGUCUUAUGACCCCCUCAGACAAGGAGGACUGGACGCCAGUUAUUAUGAACGUGGCUGAUGCCACCGUGACUGUCAUUAAGGAAAAGGAUGAAGAAGUCUUGCUAGAAUGUCGGGUGCGUUUCCUAUCAUUCAUGGGUGUUGGUAAAGAUGUCCAUACCUUUGCUUUCAUUAUGGACACAGGCAGUCAGCAUUUUGAGACUCACGUCUUCUGGUGUGAGCCCAAUGCAGCAAGCGUUUCUGAAGCUGUCCAGGCUGCAUGCAUGCUGCGGUACCAGAAGUGCCUGGUCGCCAGGCCUCCUUCCCAGAAGCCACAGCCACCGCCACCUCCUGCAGACUCUGUGACCAGGAGAGUCACGACCAGUGUAAAACGUGGUGUUUUAUCCCUGAUUGACACUUUGAAACAGAAACGCCCGGUGGCCGACAUGCCAUAGCUAGAAGACAGCAGAAGAGAUAAAGAACACUUGAAUCUUACGUGUCUACUGAAGUAAAAGUAGCUCCAUAACGGAGUGUACUGCGGCUCAGCCUUCCAUUAAGCUGCUGCUUUGCUCUUCAGAGAAUCUCCCUUAAUCUGAUGUUUGACAAGCAUGUUCUCGUUCUGACACCAUGGCGUACUACAAAAGAAGCAUGAAUAUAGAUAUAUAUCUACUCAUACCUUUUAUUUUUCACACUCCUAUAAGUGGUUCUUAUCAUAUGCAUUGGAUGGUCUGUUUCCGACUGUAAAUAUGAGAAGCAUUUCAUGACAAGGUGACAUUUUCUGCACUCUCUCUCUCUCUCAAAUGCCAUGGAGUCCAUUGUUGUUAAGGAUUACUAAGCAUCCCAUAGCUCACUGACUCAUGCCAUCGUAGAGGAAAGUCACCAUCAUGUUCAUACAUAAAAGACGCUGUUAUCUGAUCAUUGCGGCGGUCCACGUGUCAGUGGAGCAGAUUUCUGAGCUUUCUAUUACCUGCCAGCACUUAACCAUUAAUUGCACAAAGACAUCAUGUUGUGAACUGAAGGAGAUUAGUGGAUGGGCUUCCUUGGGGUGGUCCAAUAUUUACAUACAAGCCACCUUGUUAGUCCAUUUCAUUUCACACCACCUCCUGCUUGACUCCAUUGUAGAGAUGAUGUCUUCUAAUAGUGGCUGACAGUUCUCUUGUGAUCCCACACUUCAUACCGUGGUUAUUAGAGGAAGGGUGUUCAUCUCACACUCCGUACCAGUGGUACUGGAUCAAGUCACUUACACUCUUCGCAUAGCACACUGUUAAUAUUGCCUGACAGCUGCUGACACCAGACAGCAACAUAGUUGUUAGAGUACUUGUAAAGUCUUCAUGUUUUAUGCUUUGCUUUAAUUGGCAAUAUACUGGUGUCCAUGUCACUGUAUAGGCCAUAAACCGUUCUAGGACUGUAUUACAGUCAUAAGAUUUCAUACUAAAUAUUGCCAAGCAAAGAGCAGCCCCCAGAACAUGGCUGUGUACAAACAUAGAGUUUGAAUAUACAUUGAAUCGCUGAACUCCUUUUAGUUUUUUUCAAUUUGUUCUCUACCCCAUAAUAUAUCUUCCUGGAAAGAGAUAAAAACACACAAGAGCUUCGAUAGCGAAGGAUGAGUAGCAUUCAAGAUGAGCGCUGUAGACAGAGGUUUACCUAUAUUAGUUGUGCCAGCCAGGCUCAGCUCUUGGGUCAGGCGAAUCAGUUGGGUGUAGACGUGGCAGCUGCCAGCUCCAAAACGGUAGGAUUGAGUCCUCUGUGUGUGUGCAAGUAGAAUCAAGAGAGAAACAGCUGGAGCAGGGGCCGUACAGUAAGACAAAGCCAGAAAACACGCAGUCAAACUGAGAUCAGUAUUGGUAUUUUAUUAAGGGCAACGCGUCAGGCCAGUAGCAAUCAGAGUUUAUUUUCUAUCAAAAAGCUCCAAAUUCUCUGCAUAGAAAUAGCUAUAUAUCAAAUUAUGUCACUAGAGGGAGCUUUUGAGCAUUCUGUCUACUAGAUUAUGGUUGUGUUGUAUGUACAUACUGUAUGCAGUAUGCUCCCUCUAGUGGUGGUUGUGUGUGUUUUAACUCUAUGCAAGGGAUUUGGAGCUCUCUAUCAGAGAAGUAUAUUCUAAAUGUUGGACCUAAAAUGAUGUUGCUUUACGAGAACACCUACAGUACACGUGGCCAAAUUUAACCCUGUUUUCAUUCAUGUGGUUUCAUCUAGAUUCUGUGUUGAAUUGUCUGCACCCUUUAACUUGACCUGUGGGCAGUGCAUAGCAGGGUCUUGUACCCUCGGUAGACAAUUUACUGUUAGUAGUGAUGUCCUUGAACAGUUUAUUGGUCUUCAACAUAAUUUGGUUUCUCCAAGGAAAGAAAAACUCAUCUAAUUAUGUGCACAAAUUUAAUUGUAUCCGCUCAUCAACAUGAGGAGUAAAUUGCAGCCGCAUUCACUAAUUGAAUUAGUCAUUAAUUUUAUUUAGGAGAAUAAUUAUUAGACAUUUAAUUUUUUUUCUACUUAUUUGCAGUCUAAUGAGUUGCCAGAUUUUUUUGGCGGGUUUGCAGAUGACAAAUUGUCUGACCUUUCUGUGCUCAACCUGAUGUAUCUUCAUCAAACUGAAGGCAAUAACAUUUGUGGAAGUGGUCCUUCAUAUUCGUAUACCUGCUUUGAAGCUUCUGUGGACUACACCAAUGGUAAUACCUAUAAGGGCUGCCUGGUUUAGAAAACCUAUGUUCAUAUAACAGGGGUUCUGUUUAGAUAGGAUCCUCAUGUAUCAGAGCAGAGAAUGUCUACAAAGAUCAUUCAUUGCUCUGGAGGACUUGGCGCAUCUGUGCAUGUCAUGGAAAGCCAUAGAUUUCAGUGAGAACUGUGUAAUGCUUUAUUUCCCCUGUGGUGGCACUGUUGGGAAAUGUCAAGCUUGCGGCUGGGUUUCUUCACAGAUUACAGCUAAUUGCUGAGGUUCCAGCAGUGGGACAUCUUAGUAUCUAGGUAUAAAUUUAGUAUUAGAAAAAAUGUUUGAGCCAAUGCCCCUAAGUCCCAUUCCCGUGGUAAUGAUACUUGUUAUAUGCAAACCAUUAAUUUCAGUAAAUUGCAUUCUGAGGAAUGCCUCUGUGGAUUAGCACUUAGACUGGUUGUCACUCGUAGAGUGCCGUUAACCAUUACCAAGGAAGGAUAAAGAAACUUGGCUACAGUUAUAAAAGAGCACAGUACAGUAGUGGUAAAAUUGAACCCAAAGUGUCUUGUGACACAGGUAGUAUAAGAUUUAAUGUAAGGCUAGUUUCACACUGACAACCAGGUGUUAUUGCCGGGGAAGUCUUGCACUGCAUAGAAUAAAGUAUUACAUGGUAGCUUGGAUGGACCAGAUCCUCAGAGAGGAAGCUGCUCUUACAUAGCAACUCUCUGACAGGUUCGUAGAUGGGGAUAUGAUGCCCAUGUGCCCUAAUGAAAGACUUUAUGAACAAUCAUAGGAAUCUAAUAAAACACUUUUUUUUUUUAAGAAAAUUUAUAGAUCUACUUAUUAAAUUAUUAAACUUUGUCAAAUGCAGUGCAAACUAUGGGAAGUAUGUUAUAAGGGGAGGAACUGAAAAGAUUGAUCUUUAGUUUUGUAGGAAAAUAUUUAGUAAAACUUCUCAUUUAUUCAAUCAAAUCCCUCCUAUUUCUAUGUUUAGGAGUCCAGUGUGCCGUCCUAUGGUCCUAGUGAUUGACAGCCUUUCC